AUGAAUGCCAUGGUUCCGCAAUAUGCGUCCCUGUCCGGUGCUCGAAGUCGGUUAACGGAAGAGGAAUUCGGUCCUCUUCAGGUAAAUCAGUUCAAUCAGUACGGCAAUGUGGUCACCUACAGAUGCUUCGAGUCGUACUUCUAUCCAGAUCGUAGCUUUGAGAAGUACGUCGAGUGCGCCCUCAAGGAGGGAGUAAGUAAUGUUGGUGAAUGGAGAGGAUACAGUGGAACACUGCUGCCUCUGCCCAACUCCUGCCAGCCAGUCACAUGCAUGUACGAGGAUGUGCGAGUGAAAAAGGCUUACAACAUACAGCCCGACUUCACUAUUAGCUUUGCAAAUGGAACAAUGCAGAAGUGGAGGAAACUAAAGCCGGUGCCCUAUCCUUAUCUGACGACAAUUAGGUACCUCUGUCAGGAGGGUUACGAAACGGUGACCAAAACACCGGAUCAGAACAUCAGCUGCGGUCAAAUUGGGCGAUGGAGACCGCAAAUUUACGGUUGCAUAUCUGUGGACAAAAACGUGACCACAAGUUCUACGGGUCGCUAUGUUCCACCGGCGAUAGAGGCCCCCUCGGCUAACCAAGUGGGGGCCGUUGUCAUUGGCAUCAUCGUCAUCUUCCUGGUGUCUCUGCUGCUGCUUGACCUGACAACCCUACAUCGCGACAUUCGGUGGCUCUUCAAUAACGUUCGUCUUCAAAAGAGGCUGUGGCUGGCUAAGAGACGUCUGCGAAAGAAGAAACAGGAGGUCAAAGCCAAGCAGUAG